GCGAUCCAGGCCAAACUUGUGCAAGCCGAUCAGCCCACGAAGCCGCGACAGACCCGAUCGGUGAACAUGGCCCGGAUUGCCGCCCGCCGCCUUCUGGCCCUGGGGGCCGCCGCCGCCCUGGCGCUGCAGCUGGCGCCGUCGGCCUUCGUGCCGGCGCCGCAGCCCACCGGCGUCAGCGCCGUCGUAGCGGGCGCCGCGGCGGGCUACCUGACGUCGCUGCCCGCCGCGCUGGCGCGCAUCCCGGGCGGCAAGUUCGAGAAGGCCAAGGACAUCACGAUGCCGGCCCCGCCCGAGGACGGCCUGACGGACGCGCAGGUCGCCCUCUCGCUGUUCGUGGCGCUCCUCCUGAUGUUCGCCAACAUCAAGGUCUCGCAGGCGCUGUGGGAGGGGCCCCGGGUGGACCGCUUCAGGGACGGCCAGACCAAGGGCUACAUCACCCCGCUCGUCAGGCGCCUCGACAGGUUCGGCUUCUGA